UAGCCGGCGGUUGGCUGCGUCCGACUGCGCCUGAGCUUGAACUCAGAUCUCCCAUCCUUGGCACACAGCGACCCUGCCACGGCCCCGCCGGACUGAGCAAAGAGCCCAGAGGAGCCUCUGUCCCUCCGUCCCUCCAUCCUCCGCGGCUCAGGGCCCCCAGACGUGAACAGGCUUGCUGCCCCCACCAGCCCCCGGCUAGCGGCACAGAGUGCCCAGAGCGGCAGCCCCCGGAACCGCUUCCCGCCCGGCCCUGGCCCGGCUGUCAGCGAAGCCCGCUCCCCGCUGCCCCAGCCCUCCGACGGCACCACGCCAUGGGCCCCGGCGGAAUCCGCAGCUUCCGGCUGGAGCUGGCGCCCGGUGCCUGUCACGGCGGGGAGCUGCUGAGCGGCCUCCUGGUGCUGGAGCUGAGCCGGCCCCUGCGGGUGAAGGGCCUGGACGUGGCGGCCCGGGGAGCCGCCGCCGUGCACUGGCUGGACAGCCGCAGUGUGGGCGUGAACGCCGUGUACAACGACUACGCCGCCUUCCAGAGCCUCCUCCGCAGACGCAGGCAGCUGCUUCCCCGAGACUCUGGGGACACUACUACCUUACAGCCGGGAAGGCACGAAUUCCCCUUCAGCUUCCAGUUGCCCACGACUUUGGUGACCUCAUUUGAAGGGAAACAUGGGAGUGUUCGAUACUGUGUGAAAGCCAAGCUCCACAGACCGUGGGGCACAGCCAAGCGAGCCAGGAAAGAGUUCACCGUGAUCGAGCCCAUCGACAUCAACACUCCUGCCCUGCUGGCUCCUCAGGCAGGUGUGAAAGAGAAGAUGGCCAGGGCCUGGUACUGCAAUCGAGGCCCAGUUUCCAUUACAGCCAAGAUUGAUAGGAAAGGCUACACCCCAGGUGAGGUCAUCCCCAUCUUUGCCGAAAUAGACAAUGGCACUAGCCGGCCAGUUGUGCCCAAGGCCGCCAUUAUCCAGACCCAGACCUUUGUCGCCCGUGGGGCCCGGAAGGAGAAGAGAUCAGUAGUGGCGAGCAUUGUGGGCGAGCCCGUGGCCGCAGGGAAGCGGGAGCUGUGGCAAGGGCGGGCACUGAAGAUUCCUCCUGUGGGACCUUCCAUUCUGCAGUGCCGGAUCCUCCAUGUGGAUUAUGCUCUCAAGGUCUGUGUGGACAUUCCGGGUACAUCCAAGUUGCUCCUGGAGCUGCCACUUGUAAUUGGAACCAUCCCCCUGCAUCCAUUUGGCAGCCGGACAUCCAGUGUGGGUAGCCAGUACAGCAUCAACCUGGACUGGCUGCACAUGGUCAUCCCUGAGCAGCCCGAAGCUCCCCCAGAGUACUCUGAAGUGGUGUCUGAGGAGACACCACCAGGCCUCUCGCCUCCGCCCCAGGACACCGAGAGCAGGCAGGCCCUGGAGGGCCUGUUCUUUGCCUACAUCCAGGAGUUCCGCUACCGUCCACCUCCCCUGUACUCUGAGGUGGAUCCCAAUCCUCCCUUGCAGACCAUGCGGCGGCGGUGCAUGACAUGUUGAGGCCCAAAGGCAGCGGCUUGAUUUUGAUCAGAACCAGCUCGUGGGAUUCCAGCGAGACUUCCCAGCUGGAGUGGGGCCCAAGAGCGAGCCCCUUGAAUCUGCCCGGAGGGAGAACAGGCUCCAGUGCCGAUGGCAGGGGGGAUGGGGAGUCUGCUCACCAUGACUUUGGGGCUCAGCAGCUGAGUCACCCCUUUUCUCCAGCCCCAAGUUGCUUUGGGGUGAAGACGGUCCCUGGCACGGGACCAUUUUGUUCUUUCUGGAGACAGCUCUGAAUUUCUCCUUUGACUUGGGCUUGAGAGUGUGGUUCUGCCCCGUGCCUUCAUUGAGGAGGAGCCUCAAAGAGAGGCUACGGCUCGGCCACACACACGAGAGAGCCACCCCUGGAAGCCAGGGCCCUGUCAACCCCAGGUUGGGGCUCUCCUCGACAGACUGCCUCGCUGUGGACCGGGAAGAAUCCCACCCAGACGCCUGAGAAUGCGGGGCUUGGCCAUGAAGUCUUGAGGCCAAGGUAGCUAGAGGUUUAGGGUGCUGGCCCAGGGCGAGGGGGAUGGAGUUAGGAGUGAAUGAAGAAGCGUGGCUUCGACAGGUUGUCUGUGGGUGCUCAAAGUGAGGCAUGACCAUGGGCUGGUGCUAAAACUGGGAGGGACCAAGGGGGCUGCUGACGCCCCCCACACACACCGGGGCCUCCACCAGUGGAGCUGAGGUGGCCGCCCACCACAGUGCUCUUACUUGGACCUAGGCCAUGCUAGCUCCUCCUUUCGUGAGCAAGUGUAUUCUUGCUUUGACAGCAAACACAUUCAUCUGCACUAUGGUUUUAAUAAAAUCAAAGAACAUUCAGGGGAGGCUCCUUUUUGUACAGGUUUUUGUUUGAAAAUAAAAGUGAAUAACAUUCUUUCUACUGA